AGUGGCUUGGCAGCUGGCAGGGACCAGCACAGGCAGGUUAAGCCUCUGACACAGAUCCUGAAAGGUGGUCCAGCUGCCUGGUCCUUCACAGGACCCUCUACCUGGCACCAGGGAUAAAGAUGCUUAAAUCCCUAAUGUCUAAAUGAGACCCUGGGAGGAUUCACAAGACAGUCACCUGGAUGAGAAGUCAACCCCAUCCCCAGCUGUCCUGAACUUUGCUUCUCCAUCUCCAGCUCAACAGCCCCGUGGGACAGGCAGCACUGGUUGGGCUCUGUCCCAACUGGAUGAACUUGGACAGGUGGUGACGUCUCUGGGUGACUUCUGGGGACUACGAUGGCUGUCUGGGUGCUGCUGCAGACAGCGCUGUUCCUACUGACUCUGCUCUUCCGGACUCAAGGUGCCCACAGUGGUGGCUCCAGGGAAGACUUCCGCUUCUGCGGCCAGCGGAAUCAGACACAGAGGAGCUUCCUCCACUACGAGCAGACACCUGAGCUGCACAUCUCCAUCAGGAACUCCGAGGAGGCCCUCACGAUCCAUGCCCCCUUCCAAGCGGCCCCCGAGGCCUCCCGGUCGUUUCCUGAGCCCAGGGGCCUCUACCACUUCUGCCUCUACUGGAACCGCCAUGCCAGGAAGUUCCAUCUGCGCUAUGGCAAGAACGACUUCCUGCUGAGUGGCCAGGCGGAUGGCCUCCUCUGCUUCCGGCACCAGGAGGAGAGCCAGGCUCAGGGACCCCCACUGCUCGCCACCUCUGUCAGCUCCUGGUGGAACCCCCAGAACACCAGCCUGCCUAGGGUUGCUGGCUUCACCUUCUCCUUCCACAACCCCUCACAGGCCUCCCACAAUGCCUCCGCCUCAGUGGACAUGUGUGAGCUGAAGAAGACCUUGCAGCACCUCAGCCAGCUCCUACAGCAGCCCGGCAAGACCUCCCGGCGGCCCUCGACCACCCUGGUCAGCCAGCAGCUGCAGAGUCUUGAGUCGAAACUGGCCUCUGUGAGCUUCCCAGGGGACAUGGCGUCAUUUGAGGAGGACAGGGUCAAUGCCACUGUGUGGAAACUGCGGCCCACAGCUGCUCUCCAGGACCUGCACAUCCACUCCCGGCAGGAGGAGGCGCAGAGCGAGGUCCAGGAAUAUUCGGUGCUGCUGCCUCGCGCCCUCUUCCAGCAGACCAAAGGCCGGCGUGGUGAGGCUGCGAAGAGACUCCUCAUGGUGGACUUCAGCAGCCAAGCCCUGUUCCAGGACAGGAAUUCCAGCCAGGUCUUGGGCGAGAAGGUCUUGGGGAUCGUUGUGCAGAACACCAAAGUCACCAACCUGCCAGAGCCAGUGGUGCUCACCUUCCAGCACCAGCCCCAGCCGAAGAACGUGACCCUCCAGUGCGUAUUCUGGGUUGAAGACCCGACAUUGAGAACCCCAGGGAGCUGGAGCAGCGCUGGGUGUGAGACCCUCCGGAGAGAAACGCAGACGUCCUGCCUCUGUAGCCACCUGACCUAUUUUGCAGUUCUGAUGGUGUCCUCUGCAGAGGUGAGCAUGGAGCACAAGCACUAUCUCACCCUCCUGACCUAUGUGGGCUGUGUCAUUUCUGCCCUCGCCUGCAUCUCCACCAUCACCGCCUACCUCUGCUCCAGCAGGAGGAAGCCCCGGGACUACACCAUCAAAGUGCACAUCAACCUGCUGGUGGCCGUCUUCCUGCUGGAUAUGAGCUUCAUCCUCAGUGAGCCGGUGGCACUGAUGGGCUCGGAAGCCGCCUGCCGUGCCAGCGCCAUCUUCCUCCACUUCUCCCUGCUCGCCUGCCUGUCCUGGAUGGGCCUCGAGGGCUACAACCUGUACCGCCUUGUCGUCGAGGUCUUCGGCACCUAUGUGCCUGGCUACCUGCUCAAGCUGAGCAUUGUGGGCUGGGGCUUUCCCAUCUUCCUGGUGACUCUGGUGGCACUGGUGGAUGUGAACAACUAUGGCCCCAUCAUCCUAGCGGUCCACAGGACUCCAGAGCGUGUCAUCUACCCUUCCAUGUGCUGGAUCCGUGACUCCCUGGUCAGCUACAUCACCAACCUUGGCCUCUUCAGCCUGGUGUUUCUGUUCAACCUGGCCAUGCUGGGUACCAUGGUGGUGCAGGUCCUGCGGCUGCGCCCACAUAACCAGAAGUGGCCCCACGUGCUGACCCUGCUGGGCCUCAGCCUGGUGCUGGGCCUGCCCUGGGCCUUGGUCUUCUUCUCCUUUGCUUCUGGCACCUUCCAGCUCGUUGUCCUCUACCUCUUCAGCAUCAUCACAUCCUUCCAAGGGUUCCUCAUCUUCCUCUGGUACUGGUCCAUGCGGCUGCAGGCCCAGGGCGGCCCUUGCCCUCUGAAGAACAGUUCGGACAGCGCCAGGCUCCCCAUCAGCUCCGGCAGCACCUCGUCCAGUCGUGCCUAGGCUGCUGGCACAGCCUCGCUGUGUGAGGGCGCAGAGACGCCACCCUCCUUCACCACCUGUGCCCACCCCGCCACUGGGCCCAGCUCUUGCUGGGCAGUAGCAGACUUGAUGGAUGGGGCUGUUACCAUGGUAGCCAGAUACCAGCCUAGCCUCGAGGACCACUUGGUUCCCAGGUCCAGCUCCCAAGGGCUCAGGAGUACACUGCCAUGCUGGCUUGUGGGGCUGUCCCCACAGCUCUCCCAGCCUGGGGAUGAGGCCUUGUCUUUCCUGACCACCCCGAGCCCAGUCUUUGUUGCUGGGCAUUGGGACCCUCAGGCCCUUGGACCUUGGUGGCCUGGCAUAUCCUUAGCCCUGUGCCCAGGACCUAGCUGCCCAGGAUAUAACUGCUCUGUCCCUGUGGUCACCAUGGAGUGCUCUGCAGCCCCUGUUCUUUUACCUGAGGCUGGCAGCACAGGCAGAUGGGGCUGGGCAGUGCCAGAGCCAGAGGCCUGCAGGAGGUGAGGACCCAGAGCACAGCAGCUCACCUACCUCCAAGCCCAGCAAACCUGCUGCCCCCAGACAUCCCUUCCCUGCUCCUGUUCGAGUUGUCCCUGCGCUCCACCCACAGCAGGCCCCAGUUCCAAUGCUGUCAUUGUGGUAGUGGUUCCCAGUAGCUUCUUGGUGCUUGGCUGUAAACUUUCAUCCAUUGCACAGGUCUUGGCCUAUCCCUGCCACGGGCGUAGUGCAGAAGCCUGGGCUGGACCAGGUCCAGCUGUCCAUCUGGGCCUCUCUCUGAGCUGUCUUGUCCUUGUUCACAUGUUGGAGGGGUCUUCUGUGACCAGAACUGUGGGAUGUGGCAGUCUGUCCUUAUUUCAUCCCAGCACUGAAAAACAGAAACUUCCUCCUCUGCCGAAACUGGAGCCAACAUUUGCCUAAGGGGCCGUUUCAAAUGCCUACAGAUAGCCCUGGGGACACUUAGCUAGUGAACUCUGUCCAGAAAACACAGAUCAUUUGCCAGCCUGUGCAGUGGUGGUGACACAGAUGAUCAGACCUUCUAGUUCUCCCCAUGAACUCUCAGACAAGCUCUUAGGACUAUAGGCACAGGGUCGGAGAGCCUGGCUGGGAAUCUAGGAAGCUUUCCUGCAGGAGGCAGCAUUUGAUCUUGAUCUCAGCCUUCAAGAUGGGGAGGAUGUUUCUUUUUAAGCAACAAUUAAUUCUUUUUUUGUUUGUUUGUUUUGAGACAGGGUCUCACCACGCAGCCUAGGCUGAGCUUGAACUCUUGAUCUUCCCGCCUCAGCCUCCCGAGUGCUGGGAUUGCAGGCAUGCACCACCAUCCCUACCAUCCUUUUGUCUUUUGAUAUUAAAAGUACAUGUUUGUUGUAGAGGAUCUGGAAACUGUAGAAGAUUGUCAAGGAGAAAAAUAAAAAUUGGCUGUUGUCACCUAACAAAC